UCAAAUGUAACAAAAGCCAUUAUUUACAGAUCAGAAAUUUAUAUUGUCAGCGUAAUAUCUGUGAGACUAAACAGCGUUAGAGAGUAUAUAAAAGCAGAACGCUUUGGUGUAGAAGAACAGAGCUCAGGACACAGCACAUCCACAGUUCCAAAAAGAGGGCUCGUUCUCUCUCUACCUGCUCUGCUCCUCGUCCAGUUGUCAAAAGGCAGCAAAAAUGAAAAGCAUUUACUUUGUGGCUGGAUUGUUUGUGAUGCUGGUACAAAGCAGCUGGCAACGUUCCCUUCAGGACUCAGAGGAGAAAUCCAGCUCAUUCCCAGCUCCCCAGACAGACCCGUUCAAUGACCCAGAGCAGAUGAAUGAAGACAAGCGCCAUUCGCAGGGCACGUUCACCAGUGACUACAGCAAGUAUCUGGACUCCAGGCGUGCCCAGGAUUUCGUGCAGUGGUUGAUGAACACCAAGAGGAACAAGAAUAACAUUGCCAAACGUCAUGACGAAUUUGAGAGACACGCUGAAGGGACCUUUACCAGUGAUGUAAGUUCUUAUUUGGAAGGCCAAGCUGCCAAGGAAUUCAUCGCUUGGCUGGUGAAAGGCCGAGGCAGGCGCGAUUUCCCAGAAGAAGUCACCAUCAUUGAAGAACUUGGACGCAGACACGCCGAUGGUUCUUUCUCUGAUGAGAUGAACACAGUUCUUGAUAAUCUUGCCACCCGGGACUUUAUAAACUGGUUGCUUCAGACCAAAAUUACUGACAGGAAGUAAGUAUGUCACUAUUGAAGAUCAUCUUCACCACAUCACCUGCCAACCACGUGGGAUGUUUGAAAUUUUAUGUUCUGUAAAUUUAAGAGGUGUAUCCUGAAGCCAUAUUGCUUUGCAUGCCAAUAAAUAGAUUUUCUUUUAAUAUUUAUUGUGUUGCCAAAAGAUUAUAAAUGGAAUAAACCAUUGUCAAAAUAUUGUUAAAAUACCAGCUUUAAAAUAUAAAAGUGCAAAAUUAUCUCUUUUUUUCUUAUUUUGGAUGAAGCACCCUAAACUGAUGAUACUUAGCAAUGAAAUUGUUUUUCUAUGAUAUAAUUUGUACAUAUAAAUUAUUCCAAUCACAACAUUGCAAUAAUAGGAUAAGGAAAGGACUGGUUGCUACAGUGGUGAAACUGGAAAAAGAUUUCUUCUUGAAACUUUUGUCAUAAAAAUGUUCAGCUUUCAAUAUAUCAAAAAUAGACUUAAAUAAAAUUUUCAAGCUUC